CUCUUCGCCAAUCCCACGAAUACACCGGAUGUGUUGAUAGCUCCCCAGCAUCGAAAGAACACUGGAUGAGCAGUUUACACAGAGGAUGUCUGAAUAAAGAUACCAGUGACAAAUAUCGUCUCUACAGCCACCUGCGAGCAUUACCUUCUCGAAAUAUUCCUGACGCUAAUGAAGUUAUCAAAAGAAAAUUUACUUUGAGACGUUCUACACUCAGAAAUAAUGCAGAUAGUCACUAUGACGACGAAAGCGAGAUAGAAGCGAAUAAAUCAGCUUUAUCGUCCGUUUUUCUAGAAGAUUCUACAAGACCACCUGAAGCUUCCGAGGAAGUAAUGCCAGAACUCUUCACUGUCAAUGAGUUCUUCGACUACCUAUGGUCAGACAACUGGAAAGAGAAGAUCUGCUUGAGAGUUGUUGGUGGAAAACUGCUGAAACUACUGCUAACGGCUCUGUAUGACUUAGAGAGGCGGCAAAAAUUACACAGUCAUAUUUUACGUGCCAACCUCAACAACAGGCGAUUUGUAGCGAAAGAAGGCGAGGAGUCAUCACGAGAAAGCUCAGCGAUUAAACAUGCGUCGUCUGUGUUCUCGCAAAAAAGGCGCAGUACACUGGUUAAGAGCAAAAAGAGUAACCGCAAAAAGCUUUCUAAGAAUACCAACAACGACGAAUCGGCAAAUGCGACUAAUACCAGUAGGGUAACGAAGCCGCAAGAAAAG